UCUUUUUCUUUUUCUUUUUCUUUUUAAUUAUCAUUAAUGAAAAUAAAAUUAACCACGGCAUUUUUAUCCGUGAACAUGACCUACUAAUAAAUAAUAAUUCUUCCAAAAUCGGGACUCUGUAUUAUGAUACCGAUACGUUCAAAGUACGCCUUAUUAGCUUUCCAUGGCCAUACGGAACGGUUACAGCCUCGCAAGUCUGGUGAAAUUCUGUUAGAUUAACCGCCAUUCGAUCCAUCUUCCGUAAUUUCCAAGAUUCCUUUGCGUGUUCAUUUUGAUCGGCGAUCGUGAUUCAGUCGUAUCAUUGAUCUGAUUGACCUCUUUUCUCAACCCUCUCUUGUUUCCUCGUCUGCUGCAUUGACAAAUGCUGACGUUUCAGGUGACCCUGGAGAUUACACGGUUAUGGCUGCCGAAGUUUCUUUUGUGACUAAUAGAAAACACCAAGGAUUUAUGAAUCUUCUGUCAUCCGCUGCCUGUGAAUGGCUCUUAAUAAUUUUGCUGUUUCUGGAAGCUGCAUUCUCCUAUUUUCUACCAAAGUUCGCUCAUUACUGCGAAUUGGAAACGCCUUGCCCUUUAUGCUCAAGACUUGAUAAUUUUUUCGGGAAAAAGAAGCCAGGAUUGUGUUGGACCCUACUUUGUAGCAAUCACAGAGAAGAGAUAUCUUCAUUAAUGUCUUGUGCCACCCACGGUAACCUGGCUAAUAUUGAAGGAAUGUGUGAAGAGUGUCUUGCGUCCACUACAAUUCGGGAGAGUUCAAAUUCUGGAGCUUCUAGAGUGCUGGUUGGCAAAUUGUGGGUGGAUGUUGAGAGAUCUGAUCCUCAGAACUUGAUGAUGAAUAACCACAUUGAACUUGGUUCUUCUGGGCUUAGGACCUGUUCCUGCUGUAACAAACCAUGGAAAGUUAAAUCCAGUACAGAAAAUUUGGUUGAGCUUGAACAAGCAAAUUUAGAGGCUUCCAAGGCCAAUCUCAAGCCUCUUCUGCCUCGUAUUCCAGGCCGCAGUCGCGCCAGUCGUAGAGAAAAUUUAAAGAGGCUGAGGGAUAAAUUUACAGGACCGAAUGCCCAUCAGACAAAUGGGAAGAAUGCUGCUGACAAAUUGUCUCAUGUGGGUUAUACCAAGAUCAAGUUCAAUUCAGGUUCUGAUUCAGAGGUCCCAGUGUCAGAGGAUGAUGAGGAGGACGAUGAUGGAACUGUUUCUGGUGGUAGCAGAUCUGAAUUCGAAAUUAAAAUUGGGAGAGGAGGCAUCCCUAGACCCCCAAUUAAAAACGUGACCUCAAGCAAGCAGAGACGUCAAAGAUUGAAAGGCAGACCUGUUUGCCAUGAUUCAAAUGAGCACAAGAAUGUUAAGUCUUCUUCAUCUGAUGAAAUGCAAAGCAAUGGCUUGAGAGAGAUUGAGCCACAACCUAAUCAUAAACCAAGUCCUAGUUUGGCAACAAGUGUAAUGAAUCAGAAGAAUAUAAAUGCUUCCUCAUCUGAUGAAGUGCGACACAAUGGUUUGAGGGAGGUUGAGUCACAAUCUUAUCAUAAACCAAGUCCUAGUUUGGCAACAAAUCUAAUGAAUCAGAAGAAUGCAAACCCUUCUACAAAUGAUGAAGUGCAAGGCAAUGGCUCUAGAGAGUUCGAGUCACAAUCUUCUCAUAAACCAAGUCCUAGUUUGGCAACAAAUCAAGUUUCAGUUGAUGGCGACUCCCAUACUCCUAAUGGUGGAUUUCUGCGUGGUUCAGAAGAGGCUUCCAAGUUUUCAUUCCCUCGCAAUGCAGCCCUUUCUGCACUAACUGAGCUUUAUUCUUUAUGUGAGGUCCCUUAUUCAUCCGUCACCAUGACAAGCACCAAGUCAAUAAAUGUUGGAGGAAGCGCUGAAAAGGUUGGUACGUCUGUGAGUAUCCAUGUAGAAGUUCCAGGAGGGCCUUCUUCGAAUGGUGCUUGCCAUGCAUCACAGCCAAAUAGUCAGCUUCAAACUGAUUCAUGUGAGCACGUAGUCCUGCCAAUUAAUGGUUCGAAUUCCUCUCGAACUGCAGAAGAGAAGACCUCUCUCUUCGAAGAUUCUUCUUCUGAAGUUGGGACCUCAUUUUCGAAAGAUGCCAGUUCAAAGCCUCUCACCGAACCGAGUAAAUCUAGAAAAGAUGAUCAUUCUAGCUCUCCUGCACUGAUUCAAGCAUCUACUUCUGAUGUAGUUGGUUUAUCUCUAAAAGAAACCACUUUCAAACCUCACAACAAGCAAGAUGAAUCUAUAGUAGAUGAAGAAACUCAUGAAGAACAAAAUGAAGAUAGAAAAGCCGAAGAGAUACAUGACAAACAAAGUGACUCUAGAAAAGGCAAAGAAACUCAUGACAAACACAAUGUAUCUGGAGAAGGCGUAGAGCCUAGUUCUCAGCCACCAUCACAUAUUUCUGCAGUUGUAGAAGGUGAAAUGUUUCCUACAACGAAUAGUUCAGAACCUGGUGGCAAAAGUGACAAAUCUAGAGUAGUUGAUGAUUCUAGUUCUCAGGCACCGCCAUCUGAAGCAGAUGACCCAUCUCCAAAUGAGAAUGGUUCAAAACCAGAUUAUGUACAUAAUAUGUCCAGAAAAGGGGGUGAUUCUGAUUCAGAGGCGCCAUCACAAGCAUCUGUGUCUGAGGUGGGUGGCACACUUUCAAAAGAUACAUGCCCAAGAACUUUUUUGGAAGGCACGGAAUCCAUGAGAAGUGGAGUGAAAGUUGUUUUCCUGAAAGACUCUUCUGUUCUCGGACCUCCUGACAAACACAAUGAAUCCAGAAAAGAUGAAGAUUCUAGUAACCCGAUAGCUCCAGAUUCCCCAUCAGUGAAAAGAAAUGAGCAGCACCACCCCUAUGAAGUUGUCUGUGAAAUUGAGGGUGAAAGUACUCUUGAUUGGUUAAAGAGACAGAUCGAACACGAUAAAAAAGUCAUAUAUUCUUUACAUAAGGAAUUAGAGGCAGAAAGAAAUGCUGCAGCUACUGCAGCCAAUGAAGCAAUGGUUAUGAUUACAAAAUUGCAGGAGGAGAAGGCAACACUUCACACAGAGGCCCUGCAAUUCAUAAGAAUGAUGGAAGAGCAAGCUGAGUAUGAUAUGGAGGCACUGCAUAGAUCAAAUGUGCUCCUUGAAGAAAGAGAAAAGGAGCUGCAGGAAUUGGAAGAUGAAUUAGAAUUUUACAGAAGUAAUUUUGAUGAUUUAGACAAUGACAAAAAAGAAACCUCAGUUUUAGAAAACCAUGUCGCAGACAACUCGGAAGACUGUCCUGAGACAAGUGACUCAAAGUUGGCUAAAAUUUCAGAAAUGCCCACAAAUACUUCUCCUUCAACAUACGAGGAUGGAAAGCUCUACAUUAUGGAGUUUUUGAAUAAGCUAGAAGAAGAUCUCCGUCAAGCUUAUUGCAAGGAGAAACCAGACCACAUACAAAGUGGGCUAAAUUCUGAUAGGAUGAAAACUGAAGGAGUUAAUCCCAGUGACUCUUCACCAGAUUUGGAGACAUUAUCGCAUCCUCAAACCGAAGGUAGUACUUCAUCUGCACAAGAGAAAAGUUUAAAAUCUAAUGGAAGCUCUGGUAGUGGCACUGCAUCAAAUGAUCUCAAUGAUGAUAAAAGUUGUAGAGCCUUGGAUGCAUCUGAGAAGGAAAAUGUUGUACCUGAUGAGAGGUUGGAAGCACUUGAGACCGACCGAGAUUUUCUGAGACGUGCCUCUGACUUGCUGUGGAAUGGGAAAGAUGGACUGCACUUAAUUCAGGAAGUUGCAAAUCAGCUAAAAGAGUUACGAAAAAUUGAAUUCUACAAGCGAUGACUACCAAUCAAAUGAUGCUGCAUUUCUUCAAUAGGAUCUGUGGCAUGAGAAAGAUCAUAAGUGAUACUUGAGAGAGAAGAUAACCCCGGGUGAAGAAUUGAAAGAGGAGGGGGUUGACUAUAGGAAGAAUGCUGAUGGUAUCAUAUGUGGAAGCACUUGUUGGUUGAGGUAUACUCUCCAAAGAUGCUUCUUCAACUUUUGGUUUUAAUUCAUAGAUCAGUUUCUACUUCCCACAAGAUUUAGUAAUAGAUGAGUGGCUGUUUCAGGCUUUAGAGAUGCCACCAGCUGAUAAUAUUCUUUCUUUCUUUGUUUCAACACGAGUCAGUGUGGCUGUGGACAUUGGCUGGUGCAUGCGGGUCUUGUCAUAGUUAGAAACUUGUGAUACCAUCCCACACAACACAUAUAUAGUAGCAUGGGAAUGAGUGGAGACGACGACUACUACUACUACUACUACUUGUUUACGUUUUAUAAAUCAAUCUAAAAGUGUGAUCUCUGUCUUUGUGCGUGUAGAGUGAAUGAGUGAGUGAGUCUCCUUCCCAUCCCAUUUAUGUUUGCUUUUUCUGGAAUUUGGGUUUGCAAAGAACUCUUAAGCUGAAACUCUGAUGCAAUGCGGGGAUAAGAAGAAGAAAGGAUUGGGCCGACAGUGUGAAGUUUGAUGGAUUAGGCGGCGGACAGCAUCGUGGGAUUGGGCCUUCUAUCUUGAUAAGCCUAUUCCGUUUGGGCUGAUAUGCUGAUGGACUAACAGAUGUAGAUGGGCUUAUUGAAUUGGGCUGAUUGAAUUAGAUAUGGGCCUCCUUGGUACUGACCUAACAGCGCGAUGGGUCUACUGAAUUGGGCCGAUAGCCUCUGGGCUUAAUGUAUCGGAUCAAUAAGUAUGCGGCCUGCUGCAACAUGGACCUGUUGAAGUUGGGCCAAAUUGAGCCUACACAUAUCGGCCUGUAGGUACUGCAUGAUGGGCCUUUCCUACUGGAUUGGGCCGAAAAACUCUGGGCUUAAUGGAUCGUCUCAAUAGCUACGCUGCCUGCUGCAACAUGGACCUAUUGAAGUUGGGCCAAAUUGAGCCUGCAAAAAUGGGCCUGUAGGUACUGCAUGAUAGGCCUUGCCCACUGAACUGGGCAGUUGGCCUCUGGCCCUAAUGGAUCGGGUCAAUAACUGCUCCGCCUGCUGUAACAUGGACCUGUUGAAGUUGGGCCCAAUUAAGCCUACAGAUUUGGGUCUGUAGGCACUGCAUGAUGGGCCUUGCCUACUGAAUUGGGCCAGUGGCCUAUGUGCUUAAUGGAUCGGGUCAAUAACUGCUCGGCCUGCUGCAACAUGGACCUCUUGAAGUUGGGCCCAAUUGAGCCUACAUAUAUGGGCCUGUUGGUACUGCAUGAUGGGCCUUGUGAAUUGGGCUGAGAGCUUCGAAAUUGGACCGACGUCUUACUUGAUUGGGGCUGGGACGCAGGACAAUGGGCUUGUGGAUUCGGCCUACGUCAUCUGGGCUUUUGGUGCAGCGUGUCGCCAUUUUGAUUAGGCUUAAUAUCUAGUGGGCCUCCCAGAAUUGGGCCGAAGGAAAGGUGGGACUCAAGGCUGUGGACCUUCUGAGGAUGGGCCAACUGGACCGAUUGACGAUUUAAUCGGUGCUUCUUCCUGGCUGUGUAUUCGACCCAGUCUAACACAGCAGCACU